CUGCAGGGCUUCCGCAGCCUUGCAGUUUCCGGAUCUUUGCAAAGUCUUCUGCUCACCCCGGCUUUCCAUCUGCAGCCCCCAGGCCUGCGGUUGCAGUCCCCCGAGCUCCCAGGCCCAGGACGGCAUGGCGAAGCCUAGGCAUCUCAGGGGUUUGGGGAUUUGCGUGGCCGUAGUGCUGGCGUCCUUCCUCGCCGGCUUUACUCUGGGCUGGUUUAUUAAGCCUCUCAAAGAAACAACGACAUCAGCUCAUUACCAUCAAAAUAUGCAGUGGAAACUCCUAUCUGAAAUGAAAGCUGAAAACAUUAGAUCAUUUCUUCGUUCCUUUACAACAUUUCCCCAUCUGGCAGGAACACAACAAAAUUUACUGCUUGCCAAGAAAAUCCAAACACAGUGGAAGAAGUUUGGAUUGGAUUCAGCCAGCUUGGUUCAUUAUGAUGUUCUUUUAUCUUACCCAAAUGAAACGAAUGCAAACUAUGUAUCAAUUGUGGAUGAACAUGGAGUUGAGAUUUUUAAAACAUCAUACUUUGAACCACCACCAGAUGGAUAUGAGAAUGUAACAAACAUCGUACCACCAUAUAAUGCGUUUUCAGCUCAUGGAAUGCCAGAGGGAGAACUUGUAUAUGUCAACUAUGCUCGCACUGAAGACUUCUUCAAACUAGAAAGAGAGAUGAACAUCACCUGCACUGGAAAGAUUGUUAUUGCAAGAUACGGGAAGAUCUUUCGAGGAAAUAAAGUUAAAAAUGCCAUGCUAGUCGGAGCCAUAGGAAUCAUCCUGUACUCUGAUCCAGCUGACUACUUUGCCCCUGAGGUACAGCCGUAUCCCAAAGGAUGGAACCUUCCUGGAGAUGCAGCACAGAGAGGAAAUGUCUUAAAUCUGAAUGGGGCAGGUGACCCACUCACUCCAGGCUAUCCAGCUAAAGAGUACACCUUCAGACUUCAUGUUGAAGAAGGAGUAGGGAUUCCAAACAUACCUGUACAUCCAAUUGGAUACAAUGAUGCAGAGAUACUGUUACGAAACUUGGGAGGAGCUGCUCCACCAGACAAAAGCUGGAAAGGAACUCUAAAUGUUAGUUACAAUAUCGGGCCUGGCUUUACAGGAAGUGAAUAUCCCAGGAAAGUUAGAAUGCAUGUUAAUAACAUUAACAAAAUCACAAGAAUUUACAAUGUAAUUGGAACUAUCAGAGGGUCCAUGGAACCUGAUAGGUAUGUCAUCCUGGGAGGUCAUCGUGAUUCCUGGGUAUUUGGAGGGAUUGACCCUACCACUGGCACAGCAGUUUUGCAAGAGAUUGCCCAGAGUUUUGGAAAGCUGAUGAACCGAGGCUGGAGACCUAGGAGAACGAUCAUCUUUGCCAGCUGGGAUGCAGAAGAGUUUGGGCUGCUGGGUUCAACUGAAUGGGCUGAAGAGAAUGCAAAGAUCCUCCAGGAGAGAAGCGUUGCUUACAUCAACUCAGAUUCAUCUAUAGAAGGCAAUUACACUCUACGAGUUGACUGUACUCCUCUCCUUCACCAGUUGGUGUAUAAAGUGGCAAGAGAGAUCUCCAGCCCUGAUGAUGGUUUUGAAAGUAAAUCACUUUAUGAAAGCUGGCUGGAAAAAGACCCUUCACCUGAAAAUAAAGAUUAUCCUAGAAUCAAUAAGCUGGGAUCUGGAAGUGAUUUUGAGGCUUAUUUUCAGAGACUUGGAAUUGCCUCAGGCAGAGCUCGCUACACUAAGAACAGGAAAACAGAUAAAUACAGUAGCUAUCCUGUAUAUCAUACCAUCUAUGAGACGUUUGAAUUAGUAGAGAACUUUUAUGACCCCACGUUUAAAAAACAGCUUUCUGUGGCUCAGUUGCGAGGAGCAUUGGUAUAUGAGCUUGCAGACUCUGUUAUCAUUCCUUUCAACAUUCAAGACUAUGCAAAAGCCUUGAAAACCUAUGCAGCAAAUAUCUUCAAUUUAUCCAAGAAACAUGAACAGCAACUGAGAAACCAUGGAGUGUCGUUUGAUUCCUUAUUUUCUGCGGUGACAAACUUUUCAAAGGCUGCUUCAGACUUUCAUAGAAGACUCACACAAGUUGAUCUUACUGAUUCUAUUGCAGUGCGAAUUAUGAACGACCAACUGAUGCUUCUGGAAAGAGCAUUCAUAGAUCCUCUUGGUUUACCUGGGAGGCAGUUCUACAGGCACAUCAUCUUUGCUCCAAGUAGCCACAACAAAUAUGCUGGAGAAUCAUUCCCUGGGAUUUAUGAUGCCAUGUUUGAUAUCGAAAAUAGAGCAGACCCUCACUUGGCCUGGGCAGAAGUGAAGAAACAUAUUUCUAUUGCCACUUUCACGAUUCAAGCAGCAGCAGGGACACUGACAGAUGGGUUGUAGUGACAGAUGUAGCUCUGGUCCAGGAGCUUCAUCACUAAGAGCACUGCAGAGGGUUUGAGAGAGAAACUGUUAGGGGAGUCUGCUCAAAUGGACUCACCACCAAAGGCACUGAUGAAGACAAUGUUUUUUUCUCUGAUGAUUCACGAAGCCAUUCUAAACCCAUGAUUCUCAGGUCGUGUUGUGUACUGCCACCUUACUUACCUGUCGUGAUUUUUUCUUUGUAACUCUUGCAUGAAUAUUCAGUGAAAGUGAAACUGGAAGCAAUCCAAAUGUUCAUGAAGAGAUAAUUGAAUUCAUUGUGGUACAAUCACAGUGGGGUACUACUGAAAAUGAAAGAACUGCUGAACAUCCAAUAUUACUGGUAGAUCCUGCUGAUUAAAAAGUUGGACAUCAGUGAGUCCAUAAGACCAAACUAAUCCAGAGUACUAUUUAUCUUUUUAAUGAAAAGACUUCUGGGAUAAAUGGAAUUUUCCAUACCUCUGGAUUAGUGUUAGUUACCAAAUCUCAUCAAGCUGUCAUUUAAAUGUCUACAUUUUAUUGAAAAUUAUUUUGAAAUAAAUUUGAUUAGGAGGGGUAAAUCCCACCAAAAAGAGAAGUCAGGUAAAGAAACAGAAAUAGUACAUCAUCCCUUGUAAAUGACCCAGGAAUAUAUAAAGUACAAACGGUACUUUGAUAACUUCAGUUCUACUGAAUAAACAUGCAAGUCUAACAAAUGAGGAAACAAGCACCCCAACUCUCCACCCUAAUUUAUUUAAGAAAAAUUCAACAGCAUUACAGGGUUUUAGGCGGAACCUUGGGGUUACAGGUAAAUAUCAUUGAAGUUUCAUCUUAUAAGAAAGAAUGCAUACUUGGCUCAAUGGUAGGACACUUGCUUUGUUUCUUCAAGAACCAAGUUUUUUCCUCAGUAUUACACACACAUGCAUGAAUAUAUGUGUAUAUACAAGCACACAUGCACUCACACAUCAAGUAAGCUUGGUUGUUUAACCACUUCACUAAGUAAUUUAAAAAAAAUAGCACAGUUCUUUCCCUUAGCCUCGGGGAGCGUCAAGGGAGAGGGUGUGGACAGAAAAUACAGGCUGGAAGGAAUGCUAUGGAAUGGUCUUCUGGACAUUAUUGUUGCACACAUGAAUGUGCAGCAGUUGUGGGUUAUCUACACAAGGUCAAGCACAAGAGCGCAGAACAGAGCCGGCAUUGGUGGUGGUGGUGGUGCACGCCUUAAAUCCCAGCACUCGGGAGGCAG